AGUGAGGCUCUAUAAUACAUAACCUAGAUUGGAAACUCGUGUGUUGGUUUGAGUCUUUCAUUAGAGUUACUUUGAAUAAAUAAAUAUUUACAAGAAAUGGAUGAUUUCCAAUUGUUAUGGUCUUCAGUUUCACAUAUAUAUUUAUGUAAAUAAAAAUAGAAAUUAUUUUACAUAAGAUCUUUUUAUAAAAAAUUUGCUCUAACUGAAAAUUGUCUCGGAGCGCUUUAAUAGAAACUAAAAUUGUGAUAUAUGUUUCGUAUCUAAGUUUGAUAUAUGUUCGUAUCCAGAUAUUAAUAACUUCAUGGAUUGUACGAUUGUAUUGAGUCAAAGUGUUGAUAAGUGUUUUUCAUAUAUACAAUAAGUGUAAGAAAUUUCAAAAAUAAAAAAAGUUUAUAAAUAGUAGGAAGCAUUUUUUUCAAAAAGACCAUCAUGGAUUGGGACGAAAUUGAGAAAUUGGCGGCAGACUUUCAAAAUGCUCAGCUUAGUAGUAAUUUACAAAAGUUAACAGAGAGCAAUUGUAUAGAAAUUGUAGCAAAGCUCAUAGAGACAAAACGUUUGGAUGUGGUCUUUACAAAUGAUAGAAAAGAAUAUGUUACGCGACAAUAUCUUAAAACACAGAUCAUAGACGAAUUAAGUUUUCAUGGUGGUAGAAUGAAUUUGAAUGAUAUAGCACAAAUUCUUAAUGUCAGUUUGUCUCAAAUAACAACUUUAGCUAAUGAAAUUCAGACAUGUGAUUCUGGUAUUCACGUAGUUAUAGGAUAUUUAAUUAAUGAAGAAUAUUGGGGACAGAUGAUGAAGGAUAUAAAUGAUAAACUCUGGCAGCAUCAUUAUGUCAAAGUAGUAGAUUUGACAUUGUUUUAUAAUUUACCAGCAGAAUUUAUAAGAACAACUAUAGAAACUGCCUUGACUCGAAAAAUUAUAGCAAAUGUAGAAGUUACACAAGAUAAGCAAAUAUACUAUACUAAUAGAUUUAUUAAAACAAAUAAAGCUAAAAUAAGAGGUGCUUUAUCUGCUGUAACAAAACCUAUUUCUCUUUCUUUAAUUUCAAAGGAAUGUUCUGUUCCUGAUUUUGUUAUAUUCCCAAUAUUGGGUGAUCUCCAACAAAAGAAACAAAUAUCAGGUAUUGUAACAGGAGAUCAAAUAAAAACUAGUAUGUUUUUACCCCACAUUUAUGUUAAAAAUCAAACUCAAUGGAUUCAUGAUUUCUAUAAACAAAAUGGAUAUUUAGAAUAUGAUGCACUCGCUCGACUUGGAAUAUCAGAUCCAAAACAUACCAUUAAAAAGUACUUCCCAAAUGAUGAUAUAAUUUUUUUGGAUUCAGUGGCAGUCAACAAUAUUAUUGUAGAUCAACUUAAAACUAUUGCCAAUGACACUAUUAAUACAAGAUCUUUCACAGAUGUUCGUGAUUAUUUGCCUUCAAUGCUUACUGAUCAAGAUAUUCAAAUUUUUUUGAAUAAAAUCUUGGAGAACUGUCCAGUCAAAGUAUUCAUGGAAACGGUUUUAGUUUCUGAUGAUUUUUUACAAAGUUUAUUACAAUCUUUAUAUAAAAUUGCAGAGAAUAAAGCACAAAUUGUGGUAACUAGUGGAAAGUGGUUACAAUUAAUUUGUGAAGAUAAAAUCAAGUUCAAGAGUGAUGACAGUAUAGUUCGAAAUAAUAAAACGCAUAAAAAAGAGGAACGGCGUAAGAAAGCAACAAGUGGAAAAGCAGGUGGUGGAAAUCAAGGAAGAGAAACUAAGACCAAAUCGACAAAGAAAAAGUACCUGCAACAAAAAUUUAACGAGGAUCUUUCGGACGAAGAAAACACAUAUACUAAAGAUAAAAAUGUGGAGCAUGAAUUGGUAUCAUUAGAGGAUAUUACAGCUGAACUUUUAAAAAAUCGUGAAAUUUCAGUAAUAGAUGAUUUGGCAGAUCAAUUAGCUUUAAUGUUGCAACAAAAAGUAAAUGAACAUGCACUAUGUUAUGCAGAAAAAUUAGCAGAAUCUAGUGAUGUAUUUAAUACGGAUGAACUCAAAAAGGAUUUAAUUAUUCUAGUAACGAAUAUUAAAAUGUUCAAUGAAAGCAUUGAACUUUUUGAACAGCAAGGACAACGUACAUCUUUAACAGAAUAUUUAAUGAAAUCAUUAUGUCGUGAUUUUGUAACGCGAUUAUUUAAAUUGGCCAGUUUACAAAAUAAAUUGCAAUAUCCUGAUAAUAUAGAUUUUAAUGGAAUAAAAAAAAUACUUGUUGAAUUACCUUCAGAUGUUCAAGAACCACUUAAUGACAUAUAUUCAGCUGUUACAAAAUGUGUUAUCAAAGAUUUUUUAAAUCUUACUACUCCAGCAUUACAAGCUUGUUCUGUGAUACAAAAGAAACAUAAUAAAGAUAUAAAUAAACAAAUUAUUUUUACUCAUAAAGAAGCUUUAUUAAAAGAAUUGAAAAUAACACAAGAUCCAGCAUUGGCAUUAAAUUUGGUGACAAGUUUACUUUUUACAGCAGCAACACAAAAUAUUAUACAUAUGUCUGGAAGACACGUGUCAAUGGUUUUGUCUUUUCUUCAGUUGUACAUAAUACCUGAAACUGCAGAAUUAUUGAGCAAAUAUUGUGAUUUAGUAAGAAGUAGCAUAUCAUCUUCUGAAAAUAUUGAAAAAAUGGAAGCACAAGAAGCAUUAAACAACAAAUUGGAGCAAAUAAAAGCGAUUCCUGAUAAUAUUAAUACUCAUAUAAAAUCACAAAAAUCUGAAGCAUAAUAAUAUAAAUUUGUGCUACAUAUUUAUACAAGUUGUAAUUAUAUAUUAAAAUUCGAUUCACAAUUA